AUGGCCGAAACAUGCGAACGAUUGUGCGAGACUAUCACCGGACAGCCAGAGAACACAUGCAAUCCAUCCAUGAAUGGAGCAGAGACAAAAUCUAUUGAAUCAGAAAAGCCAGAUGAUGCAGUCUUGAAUCACAUAGAAGGGCUGAAUACUGGUGUUAAUGGCAGACUGUACGAGGCAGAUAUUGUUUUGACUAAUGAAGAUAAGCACCUUGUUGAUCAACGAGAGGAAGGUGAUGCAGAUGGACCUGAAGGUGGAAAUAACGUUAUAAGGAGGAAUGCUGUAAGAAACAGACAAAAACUGUGGAAAACCCGUGUUUUGCCGUAUAGAAUAUCUCCAGCUCUGUAUCGCGUCAAGAGUGUAAUCAUGGCAGCCAUUAAAGAGUUCCAUCGACACACUUGUUUACGCUUCAGGCGGAGAAGGAAAGAACCGCACUGGAUCUAUUUCGUGAAACGGCCUGGCUGUUGGUCGUCCGUAGGUCAGAAGGUCUCCAUCCCGGGUCCCCAGCUUCUUUCCAUCGGUCCCGGAUGUGAUAAGAAAGGAAUCAUAAUGCAUGAGCUUAUGCACGCUGCUGGCUUUUGGCAUGAACAGUCACGCACGGAUCGUAACAAGUACGUGGAGAUACUAUGGGAGAAUGUCGCCAAAGGUCAGGCCCAUAAUUUUAACAAGUACCCGCAUGGCAAGUUGGACUUCCUGGGUGCUAUGUACGACUUCCAGAGCCUGAUGCAUUAUGGGAGUCACGCAUUCUCCAAGAAUGGAAAACAGACUUUAAAACCCAUCAAACAUUCCGGAUCGAAACUCGGCCAAAGGAAAGGUUUCAGUGAAACCGACAUACAGCAGUUGAAUGCGCUGUACGACUGUAAAAGUGAAAGCUCUAAGGCGUGGAGUUCUUGGACAAAGUUUGGUCCGUGUAAUGACAAAUGUCAGAAGGUUCGUCAGAGAUUCUGCACGACAGGUGAUCGAACACGCUGCCCUGGGGCGGGAGCUUACGGAAUUCAAAAGCAGCCAAGGACAUGCUCGCUAAACGAGUGUUAUGCUCCCGUUCAUGGCCACUGGGGCCGCUGGAGCUCUUGGUCUCCCUGUGGUCGAACUUGUGGGCCUGGCCUUCGCGCCAGAAGGAGGCUGUGUGACGAUCCACGUCCGAGGUAUGGUGGGAAAAGAUGUAAUGGAAGCAGCCUUCAAACUGAACGAUGCACGAGACGCGAAUGUUGACGGAACACUUAGAAAGUAUUGAAAAAAGGAUAUCUUCACAACCCGCAGGGAAUGUGCUUCUUGUUGCUACCCAUGCAAAGAUAACGAUGUCAGGAUGGUAACCAGGUUUUUAAACAUGGCGUGCUUUUUAAACCUUACUGUGG